AAGUUUAAGUUCAGUUACACUAUAACUGAAUCCGGAAUUUAGAUUGUCUUGAGGUUGUCGUCCGAUUUUGAAGUGAUUUGCAGAUAUUUUUCAUUAACAAUUAAUCAAAUUAGUUAAACCUACACUUCAGCCACGUUUAUUUUAUUUGGAAACCCUGUUUUCUAAGCUCAUCUUUAGCGCUUUCCUCGACGAAUUUGCCACUCACAAUAUGGCGGACGGGCUAACGCGUCGUUUCUAUGAGUUGACGGUGUAAAAUCUAAAGCGACGUUGUCAGCGUUGCGCAAUGCUUACGAUAGAGGGCACUGUGGCUAACAGUCAAACAACAGCUGGCGGUUAGCAAGCACCUCGGAGCGGGACCCUUGAAACUAAACCGUUUACUGUCUGUUGUUUAUGAGGGGACCUCGUCUGUAUUUAGUCAGACAAAAUUAUAGAUAAUUAGUGUAAAAAGUGCUUAGUAAAAACAGUAGAGUGAUGAUGUUGGGUUCUUUGCUUCAAACUAAGGUUUGGGAAUGAAUUAUCGCGAUGUAACUGAACUCCCAGUUAACCUUCUAAUCAUUUCUAAAUUAUUUGGACACUAACUGCCUAAGAAACAAAGAAAAGCAACUUCAAAGUGGACAAAAUGCCUCAAAAGAAGCAGCAGCUGAAGCCGACAGCAGCGAACGUGUCCAGCUCAUUGGACCUGGAGUCUGAGGACAUCAGCCUGGAGACGACCGUGCCGACCACCGAGGAUGUGUCUUCGUCCGAUGAGCAACGCAACGGCUCCCAGAAGGUGACCCGCCAGUUGAUCGAGAGGAAGGAGCUGCUGCACAACGUUCAGCUGCUGAAAAUAGAGCUUUCUCAAAAGAACCUCAUCAUAGACAACAUGAAAGCUGACCACAUGUCAAAGGUUGAAGAACUAGAGGAAAAACUGAACGACGCGCUGCAUCAAAAACAAGUGUUGUCUCUUAAACUGGACAGCCAGCUUAAGCUUGCGCAAGAGGAGAACAGGAAACAGCAGGCUCUUCGUAAGCAGGAGAUGGAGACCGUCCUGCUCAGGCAGCAGCAGCUGGAGGAGACUAACCGCCAGCUUUGUGAGAAGGCGGGAGAGCUGCGGCGGUCUCUCCGAGAUCUGGACAUACACCAGGACCGCUACCAGGAGCUCCGCGGCAUGCCCGACGACAAAAUCGGCAUCCAGGAAUAUGUAGCUAUGCGUUUCUAUGAGGCUGUAACUCCUCUCCGUACUCAGCUGACUCAACUGAGUGAGCAGAAGAGCUACCUGACUGAGGAGCUGGACGUACACAGAAACAAGCUGAAGCUUUUGAUGGAGAGCUACGAGGAAGAGAGGCGGUUGCGUGCAGACCUGGAGCUGAGGAGCCAGAGGCUGACCUUAGAGCUGGCAGAUACUAAACAGCAUAUCCAGGAGGGCAACUAUCGUCAUGACAACUACCCACACAUCAAGAGAGAGCGUGAUAACUUUGAAACGGAGCUGAAGGAGUUAAAGAUGAGGUUUGAGACGGUGGACUUGUCUCUUGCUGCACUGACCAGAGAAAGGGACACACUCAGCAACGAGGUGGCGACAUUGCAGCAGUCAGUGACUCUUCUGCAGAAGGACAAGGAGUACCUGCACAGGCAGAACAUGGAGCUCAGCGUCCGCUGUGCACAUCAAGAAGAUCGUAUAGAUAGACUACAGGUACAACUGGAAGAUGCGAAGAAAGCCAGGGAGAAUACCUAUGAAAAAUACGUAGCAUCCAGAGACUACUAUAAGUCAGAGUAUGAGAACAAGCUCAGAGAGGAGUUGGAGAACAUUAGGCUGAGAACCAGUCAGGAGAUAGAGAACCUGCAGAGAACCUCCAGAGAGAUGUAUGAGAGGGAGAACAGGAAUUUGCGUGAGGCCAGAGACAAUGCUGUUCUGGAGAAAGACAGAGCUGUUACCGCUGAAAGAGACGCUCAGUCAAGAUACGACCAACUGCUGGAGCAGUUCCGUCAGCUCCAGUUGGGCACCGACAGCCGGGUAGCAGAGCUCUCCAGCCAGGCGAAGUUGCACUCUUUCGAGGCCGAGCGAGCUCAUUUGCUUAAGGAAGAGACGGCGAAGGCGCUGGCUCAGUGCCAGGUGGAGUGUGAGAAACAGCAGAAGAAGCUGGAGCUCCUGACUCAGGAGUUUUACCGGCUCCAAUCAUCCUCUGAGAAGCGGGUGGCGGAGCUUCAAGCCCAGAACGCCGAGCAGGCAUCCCGACUGGAGACGUAUGAAAAGCUCGAGCAGGAGUUGGACCAGGUUACCAUGCAGGCGGCUGAAAUUGAGAAUGAGGAAGAGGCAGAGCGAGUUCUGUUCUCAUACGGAUAUGGGGCAAAUGUUCCCACAACGGCCAAAAGAAGACUGAAGCAAAGCGUUCAUCUGGCCCGCAGGGUGCUGCUGCUCGAGAGACAGAACACAUCACUGAGGAGGGAGCUGGACAGACUCCAGUCACAGACGGGACAGAUGUCCCAGGAGCUGUCGGCAGCCAACCAGCUGUUGCAGCAGACUCAGCAGCCUUACAGCUUUCUAAUCGAGACGGUGAGAGAAAGGGAUGCACAGGUCAUUGCACUGAAGGAUCGUGUUUCCUCUGUUGAAGAAGAAGUCAGCUCUCUGAGGAAAGAGCGAAAUGCUCUGCAGCAAGUGAAGAAUGACAUGGCAGCUGACCUGGAGCGACUUCUCAGCAAUAGAGAGGAGUUGGCGAUGAUGAAGCAGGCCCUGAUCAGCAUGCGAUCCAGACAGGGAGAGGGCUUAAACCUGUUUGAAACAGGUAACAGCACUACAAGGACCUCUGGAACAGCAAAGCAGCAGUCCAAACGUGUCAUCGGGACUGGCAAGGAGGAAUCCUCAAACAAGCCCAGACCCACUGUUUUUACCAAAAGAGAAGUUCCUGAUUGGUACCAGAGGCCAAAGCAGAAACUCAAAUGAGAGAUGGCCUGAGUAACGGUGCUCACUCAGGACGUAGACUGCUGUACAUUUUAAUACAGUAGAUUUCUAUUUUUCCUUGUAAAUAGUUUUACUUUUAUAAACAAGUUUUCAAAUACAAAAAUACAACCUGUUGCUAUUA